AAGGGAGGGGGUGGGGGCUGGCAGUUCUGGCCUAAGCAUCAGAAGCGCUCUCUGGCUCAGAGACCCCCAUGUGGCGAUGUGGGGAGGGAAGGAAGGGAGCACUGAGGCCCAGGCCACCCAGGUGUGGCCCCACCUCCUCCUGACAACCCCUCAGCGGGGCAGGAGGGAGUGGCCUGGAUGGGAGCCAGGCUACCAGCCGCAUUGCCAGGACACAGAGAAUGGUCUUUGUUGCUGCAACAAUGGCCUCACAGGCCUUCUAGGCAGGAGCACCCAAGAAUCCAGAGGCAGACAUGCAGACCCUGAGGCGGGAGGCUACCCAGUCCUAUGUCCCCCAGGGGGCCCUCGAGGAGGACUUCCCGCCACCUCUCUACAGUGAUGACUACCUGUCCCUGGAGGGGCCCCGCUGGACACCAGCCAUCAAGCAGGCAGUGCGUUGGAAGUAUACACCCAUGGGACGUGACUCCGCUGGCCAGACAUGGUACACCGGCCUAACCAACUCGGACCCCCGUGAGGCCUGGUACACGCUCCCACGGGCCCUGGACAGCCCCUACCGGGAGGCUUAUGCCCACUGGCAUGGAUGCCACAGCCACCGGAAGCACAGCAUGCCCUCAGGUGCGUGCCUGGCCACCCACCUUGACCCUAGCCAGUCUCAAGGGCCAAAGAUGACCUUCUCUCCCACUCUCCCUGCAGCCCAAACCCAGCGCCUCCAGGAGACUGCCUGGUAUGACCCCAUCAUGCCCGCUCAGUACAGAGCCCCCAGCACGCGGUGGGGGACCAUGCUAUGGAAAGACAGACCCAUCAGGGGCAAGGAAUAUGUGGUCAACAGGCACCAAUACGGGGUGGAGCCGCUGGGGCGGGUGUCGGACUACGUACCCUACCUGUCGGCAAUGCAGCGUCCGCUCUACACAACCCAGAACUACCGGCAGUGGGACCUGGAACCCUAUUGCCCAUCCACUGGCCAGCGGUCCCCACCCAUCUACAUGCCCACUGUCUGAUAAAGACCGUCCCCUGUGGGGGCCCUGCGCCUCUCCUCAGGUGUCUGUCUACAUCUGGGGACUGGGGCGCCGGUCGGCCAGGUGAAG